AUUUUGCCCGGGCCUCGAUAAAGUCAGGAACGGGCCUGCGACGGCCGGAGGCCAAUCGGUGGCGAGGCGGAGAACUGAGGUGAGGAGGAGAACCUCUGGAGAAGAAAGAAAUGAGCAAGAAGCGAAUCCUGAUUGUUGGAGGCACUGGCUACUUAGGGCAGCACCUCCUCCAAUUCUUCUCCGAUGAUUCUCGAUGGACUUCGCCUGUGGAUAUUGCAUUCACGCAUCACUCCGCUCCUCCUUCCCAGGCGCUGCUCAAUGCCAUUCCCCGUGCUCGCCCUUUUCCAGUCGAUUUACGCACCGGCAAUGGCCUCGAUGCGAUAUCCCACGCUUUCGGACAGUGUGAUGUGGUAAUCAAUUGUGCUGCUCUCUCCGUUCCUCGUGCAUGCGAGAUGGAUCCAGAAGCUGCCAUGGCAAUCAAUGUCCCUAAAGCUCUUGUGAAAUGGUUAUCAAGCUUUGAAAGGAGUAAUGCUCUUCUGAUUCAUUUGUCAACUGAUCAAGUUUAUGAAGGAACCAAAUCCUUCUAUAAGGAAGAGGAUGAGACGGUGCCUGUGAAUGUCUAUGGGAAUUCGAAAGUUGAAGCAGAACAUCAUAUAUCUGCAAACUGCAAAAACUUUGCAAUAUUGAGAAGCAGUAUAAUCUAUGGACCUCAGACUGUUGUGCCUGUUCCAAAAUCACUUCCCAUUCAGUGGAUGGAUAGUGUCCUUGCAAAGGAAGAAGCAUUGAAUUUCUUUCAUGAUGAGUUUCGUUGCCCUAUUUUUGUGAAGGAUCUUGUUUCUAUCAUACAAGUCUUGACUACCAAAUGGAUCUCAGAAGGUAAGGAGAUGCAGUUGCUGCUAAAUGCUGGUGGGCCAGACAGGGUUUCGCGGGUAGGAAUGGCUGAAGCUGUCGCACACGCUCGAGGUUAUAGUACCUCAUCGAUCAAACCAGUGUCUGCAUCCUCGGUGGAUCGGGGUGUGAAGUCACCUUCGGAUAUAUCAAUGGACAUUACGAAGCUGGUUCGGAUGACGGGCAUUUCUCCAACUUGUUACCGUGACGGUGUCAGGCAGACUCUUGAGGCAAUGUUGAUGCGAUGAUUGGGAAAGGCGAGCAUGGGAUGAAGAUACGGCAACGGGUGACGGGGUAAAAUAGAGCGUCAAUCAAAUUAUGAAAAAUCCUAUUAGUGAUGUAAUGGAAAAUGGAUAUGGCAGUGUUUGAGAUGAUGAGAUUGCGGAUAGAAUGAAUGUAGGGCCUAGUCAGACCAUUGGGGCAGAACCUUCUAACUCUGAUGACAGCGACUUUGAGGAGGGUGCCGAGGAGUUAGAUGAUCCCUUUUGGAUGUACGAUGAAUUUGAUAGCUCAAAUGACGACGACAUAUGUAUAUAGUCUUAUUAUAUUAUCCUUUCUUGGUUCUUUAACUUUGCAAGUUGCUGAACUUUUUUAUGUUAAAAUUGUUA